AUGGUCAGAAAAAAUUUUGAACGUAUAGGUGGGCCAGAAUAUAUGGGCUUAGAUGAUGGAAAAAGGAAUGGCUUCCAUUACUGUCGACUGUAUCGUCAGACCGCGCUGCUUGGAACCGUCUUACCCUUAUAUCUUACCCUUGUAAGGAACACAUUGGACGAGGCUACUGAUCCAUGGGGUGUUAAAGUAGAACGAGUAGAAGUUAAAGAUGUUCGCCUACCGGUUCAGUUGCAAAGAGCCAUGGCAGCUGAAGCAGAAGCUGCUCGAGAAGCUCGUGCUAAGGUUAUUGCAGCUGAAGGGGAGAAAAAAGCUUCACAUGCAUUAAAUGAAGCUGCGAAUGUCAUUUGUGAAUCUCCAUCCGCAAUACAAUUGCGUUAUUUGCAAACACUUAACUCCAUAAGGUAA